AUGACACAAUCCCUUAAUCUCAGUCUCUUCUCAGUGGGGGCUCAGUGGGGGCUCAGUGGUGGAGUUCAUGUCAGGUGCUGUGUGUUACCCCCGGUCCCGGUUGAGACGGGGUCCUGGUGCAGAGGUGCCGGAGACGGGCCCCUAUCUCUGCCCUGUCCCUCCUCCAGCUCCAGGAGGUCAUCUGCCCCACAGAGACGGGCUGACGUGGGCCUCCCCUGGACCCUCUGUGCCCCUCUGUGCUGCAGGCCUCACCGAGCACAGAUAGGACCCCCCCGGACCCCCCGUGGAGCUGAGAAAACACUGCGACUGUUCUACAAGUCUCCGCUAACACCACUGUGA